AUGGCGACUGCUUCAAAAUCUACUAAGAAUACUUAUGAAUAUAUGGAUGAAACUAAAAUCGAUGAUGAACUUAAAUGUGCUAUAUGUACACAACCUUUUCAAAAACCAGUUAGUCUUAUAUGUAAACAUACAUUUUGUCGUCAAUGUAUUAAAACUUGGUUAAAUAAAGUUCAUUCAUGUCCUUCAUGUCGACAAUCAUCAAUAAUUGAUGAAGAUGAAAAUCUCUUACCAAUCAAUACACAUAUUAUAAAUAAUCAACUUAAUCGAUUACUUGUUCGAUGUAAUCAAUGUAAUGAGAGUAAUAUUGAACGUGGAAAUUUUCGAGAUCAUGAAUCAAAAUGUCCGAAAAAGAUCGUAUCAUGUCGAUCUGUUGAUAUUAAAUGUUCAUGGAAAGGACCAAGAGAUAAACAAAAUCUACAUGAAAAAAAAUGUCCAUUUCAACAGAUGCGACCAAUUAUUGAUGUUCUUCGUAAUAAAUUAGAUACAUCACUUAAAAUUCAAAAUGAACUUCACCAAAUAUUAGAAGAUCAAUCCAAACAAAUAGAUUUUCUUCUCAGUUUUAUUAAUCAAGGAAAUACAAUGCAUAAAGAAUGUUUAAAAUUAUAUAGUCGAUGUUCAUAUGCAACACGUCCUCAAAGUAAAGAUACAAUUAUAUAUCAUUGUACAAUUUGUAAUAAUGCAAUUAGACGACGAUAUGUUACAUUACAUGCAUGCUCUUCCAAUAAUCAUAUUGAUUGUAUUUGUCAAAGUUGUUAUGAAAAACAAUAUCCAAUUCUAGAAGAUGCCGAUGAUGAAGAUUAG